AUGGCGACCACCUCUAACAUGUUCCUGUACUCGUUGACGAUCCAGCCGCCAACCACGAUAUCGCAAGCGUUGCUGGGCCAGUUCUCGGGAACCAAAGAACAACAAAUCAUCACCGCCUCUGGCUCUCGCCUCACAUUACUCCAACCAGACCCACGGCAGGGCAAGGUCAACACUAUUCUAUCACAGGAUGUCUUUGGAAUUAUUAGGGCCAUUGCGUCCUUCCGCCUUGCUGGCAGCCACAAGGGUAACCUAGACUACAUCAUCCUCGCGACAGACUCGGGCCGUAUCGCUAUCAUCGAGUACCUGCCCAAGACCAACAGGUUUAAUCGCAUCCACCUAGAGACCUUUGGAAAGUCGGGUGUUCGACGUGUUGUACCUGGCCAAUAUCUUGCCGCCGAUCCCAAAGGAAGAGCCUGUUUGAUUGCCUCGCUCGAGAAGAACAAGCUUGUCUACGUCCUUAAUCGCAACGCCCAAGCAGAGCUCACCAUCUCCUCGCCAUUGGAAGCACACAAGCCCGGUGUCUUGGUGCUUUCGCUCGUCGCCCUCGAUGUUGGAUACGCCAACCCUGUGUUUGCAGCCCUGGAGCUCGACUACACCGAAGCAGACCAGGACCCGACUGGGCAGGCUGGUCAGGAGCCAGAAGCACAGCUUGUAUACUACGAACUCGAUCUCGGUCUGAACCAUGUGGUUCGCAAGUGGUCUGACGCGGUGGACCCAACCUCUUCGUUACUUUUCCAGGUUCCCGGCGGCAGCGAUGGUCCUAGUGGUGUUCUGGUCUGCGGCGAGGAAAAUGUUACUUAUCGGCACUCGAAUCAGGAGGCUUUCCGCGUACCAAUUCCACGACGGCGGGGUCCUACCGAGGAUCCCCAGAGAAAGCGAACCAUUGUCUCGGGCGUCAUGCACAAGCUCAAGGGCAGCGCAGGUGCCUUUUUCUUUUUGCUGCAGACAGAAGAUGGGGAUCUCUUCAAGGUCACGCUGGAUAUGGUCGAGGACGACAAUGGGAACCCCACCGGAGAGGUGAAACGACUCAAGAUCAAAUACUUUGAUACGAUUCCAAUAGCCACAAGCUUGUGCAUUCUCAAGAGCGGUUUCCUCUUUGUGGCAAGCGAGUUUGGCAACCAUUCUCUGUACCAAUUCGAAAAGCUCGGCGAUGAUGACGAGGAACUCGAGUUCUCGAGCGAGGAGUUCCCAACAGACUCUCGUGCCGCGUACAAUCCGGUAUACUUCCAGCCUCGCCCACUCGAAAAUCUGACUCUAGUCGAGAGCAUCGACUCGAUGAACCCUCAAAUAGAUUGCAAAGUGGCGAACUUGACAGGAGAGGACGCGCCGCAAAUCUACUCGGUGUGUGGUAACGGUGCGAGAAGCUCUUUCCGUAUGCUUAAGCAUGGGCUGGAGGUAUCAGAAAUUGUUGCCUCGGAACUCCCUGGCACACCUGCUGCAGUCUGGACGACCAAGCUCACAAAGUACGACGAAUACGAUGCUUACAUUGUUCUUUCGUUCACCAACGCGACAUUGGUAUUGAGCAUUGGCGAAACCGUCGAGGAAGUUAGUGACAGCGGAUUCCUCACCACUGUGCCAACAUUGGCUGUCCAACAGCUGGGCGAGGAAGGUCUUAUUCAGGUUCACCCCAAGGGCAUUAGACAUAUUGUCCAAGGUCGUGUUAAUGAAUGGCCAGCGCCUCAGCAUCGGUCGAUUGUGGCUGCCGCUACCAAUGAGAAUCAAGUCGUCAUUGCUCUGAGCUCGGGCGAGAUUGUGUACUUUGAGAUGGAUGCAGAUGGAUCUCUCGCCGAGUACGACGAGAAGAAGGAAAUGUCUGGUACCGUCACGUCUUUGAGUUUGGGAAGGGUACCGGAAGGCUUACGGCGGAGUUCGUUCUUGGCUGUUGGGUGUGACGACUGCACUGUGCGCAUUCUCAGCCUCGACCCGGAAUCCACCCUCGAAAUGAAGUCGAUCCAGGCUCUUACAGCGGCGCCGGCAUCGCUUUCCAUCAUGUCUAUGGAAGACUCGUUCGGUGGCACCACCCUAUAUCUGCAUAUCGGCUUACACUCUGGUGUCUACCUCCGAACUGUGUUGGACGAGGUCACUGGUGAGCUUACGGACACCCGUCAAAAAUUCUUGGGCCCCAAGCCCACCAAGCUCUUCCAGGUUUCUGUGCAGGGGCGGCCAUGUGUGCUCGCCCUGAACUCCCGCCCAUGGUUGGGCUACACGGACCCUAUUACCAAGGGUUUCGUAAUGACACCGCUGAGCUAUGUAGAUCUUGAGUAUGGAUGGAACUUUAGCAGCGAGCAGUGUCUGGAAGGCAUGGUGGGUAUCCACGCCAAUUUCCUCAGGUACGUUUUUAAUCUCUUUCUACUUCCGCUGCUGUAUGAUGAUAAAAGGGAUUCCUAUGCAAUUGCUAUGAGGGUUGAUUACGACCUCGGGGACAACAUGAUCCAAAAGUCCAUUCCUCUGACCUAUACACCAAAGCGCCUGGUCAAACACCCCGAGCAGCCCUACUUCUACACCAUCGAAGCCGACAACAAUACUCUCCCACCGGAGCUCCGGGCGCAGCUGCUGGCUCAGUCUAAUACUAAUGGUGACGCAGCCAUUCUGCCGCCAGAGGAGUUUGGCUAUCCCAAGGCCAGGAACAGGUGGGCAUCGUGUAUCAGCAUUGUCGACCCUGUCAGCGAUGAGCCAAGCGUUCUCAACCGUGUCGACCUCGACAACAACGAAGCCGCCAUCAGUGCUGCCGUUGUGUCGUUUGCCAGCCAAGACGGCGAGAGCUUCCUUAUCGUUGGUACCGGCAAGGACAUGAUUCUCAGCCCUCGCCAAUUCAGCGAAGGCUACAUCCAUGUCUACCGCUUCCACGACGAUGGCCGUGACUUGGAAUUCAUCCACAAGACCAAGAUUGAAGAACCCCCCAUGGCGCUCAUCCCCUUCCAAGGCCGUCUCCUCGCCGGCAUUGGCAAGACGUUGAGAAUCUAUGAUCUUGGUCUCAAGCAGCUUCUCCGCAAGGCCCAAGCCGAGAUUGCCCCUCAGCUUAUCGUGUCGUUGCAGACGCAAGGUAACCGUAUCGUCGUCGGUGAUGUCCAGCAGGGGAUUACCUACGCCGUCUACAAACCCGAAAGCAACAAGCUCCUUGCGUGGGCGGAUGACACCAUCAACCGAUGGACGACCUGCACAGCCAUGGUCGACUACGAAUCCGUCGCCGGCGGAGACAAAUUCGGCAACGUCUGGAUUUUGCGGGCUCCCGAGCGCGCCUCCCAGGAGUCGGACGAGCCCGGCUCGGAAAUCCAACUCGUCCACGCAAAGAGCUACCUCCACGGCGCACCCAAUCGGACCGCUCUCAUGGCGCACUUUUACACUCAGGAUCUUCCUACGUCGAUCACCAAGACGAAUCUUGUUGUGGGCGGGCAGGAUGUUUUGCUCUGGAGCGGGAUUCAGGGGACGGUGGGGGUGCUGAUCCCGUUUGUGAGCAGGGAGGAUGUGGAUUUCUUCCAGAGCUUGGAGAGUCACAUGAGGGCCGAGGAUCCGCCGCUUGCCGGGAGGGAUCAUUUGAUUUAUCGGGGGUAUUAUGUGCCCGUCAAGGGGGUGAUUGAUGGGGAUCUGUGCGAGAGGUUUGCGCUGUUGGCGAAUGACAAGAAGCAGAUGAUUGCUGGGGAGCUGGACAGGAGCGUGAGGGAGAUUGAGAGGAAGAUUUCGGACAUCCGUACGAGGUCUGCAUUCUAG